ACGAGAGCGAACCAAGUCCCAACUAAAUCCGUCCCAAUGACAACAUACAAAGCUUUGGUGCUUCAUGCUCGCGACGAGCCCCUUGUCUUGGAAGAUGUGCCCCGUCCCGCUGCCUCAGCGGGUGAGGCCAUCGUUCACAUCCUGGCCGCUGAUAUUGUCCCCUACAUGAAAGAGGUCCUCACGAACCAGCGCCCAUACCCGCUCAUCCUUCCAAUGACGCCGGGGAAUACAGCCAUUGGACGCAUCCACGAAGUCGGUCCAGACUCUGUGUUUCUCCAGCCAGGGCAACUUGUUUUCUGCGAUAUCACCAUCCGAGCCCGCGACAAUCCCUCUGUGUCCAUCCUCUACGGCAUCCACGGUGGCGGAACUCCUGCAGCGCAAAAGCUCAUGCGCGGAGUCUGGCGGAACUCGACGUAUGCGGAGUACGCACGGUUCCCCCUGGAGAAUCUAUACCCUUUGAACGAGGACCGCCUCAUGGCAGGGCUUGGAUACAGCAUCAAUGACCUCUGUCUUUUGCCUGUGUGUCUCGUUCCAUUCGGCGGUCUGUGCGAGGUUGAUGUUCGGCCCGGCGAGCUCGUCAUCAUCGGCCCCGCCACCGGCCGGUAUGGUGGCGCUGCUGUGAGCGUUGCGCUGGCAAUGGGCGCCACUGUCAUCGCUACUGGGCGGAAUCAGGCUGCAUUGCAGAAUCUAGAGAAGAUCCAUGAGACGAGGCGGUUGAAGACAGUUCAGCUCACGGGGCACGGUGAGACUGAUACCGAGUCGUUUCGCGCCGCAAUUGACAAGCCGGAUGGAGCAGAUGUGUAUCUGGAUCUCUCACCACCUGCGGCUCAAGGAUCCACGCUGAUGGCAUGCGGGAUUCGGGCGUUGCGUGCGUUCGGCAGAUGCAUUCUUAUGGGUGGAAAUGCGGGCAAUGUCGAUUUCCCUUACCUAGAGCUUAUGUUCAAGAGUAUUCGGAUCCAAGGUCGCUUUAUGUACGAUCGCCAGCAUGUGCAACAGCUGAUUCAGAUGGCAGAGUCUGGGUUGCUGCCGCUUGGCAGAAAGGCCGGUGUGACUCAGACGGAGGUAUUUGGGCUUGAGCAAGCUGACGAGGCAUUAGAGGCGGCUUCAAAGCUGAGUGGAUGGGGAAGUCAUGUGGUCCUGAAGCCUUAGACUUCAUCUUUGUCCGCAGACAUGAAGAGUGGAAUUCCCUGGACGCUUGUAAACGUGGCACCCUUUCUAGGUGCUUGCGUACAAGCCCUGGUCUUUGCUAUCCCUACGGCCGUACAUAAUACAGAUGGGACAGGAUAAUAGUGAUAGUAUCUCUCAUUCAAGUGUGGCAGGCCGAAACUCGUCGGAGCUGUGUCACAUGGCCUCUAAGCCAUGUGUAGUACGACAGAACACUUUGAAUACACGAUGGACCAUUG